CAAAGUUUAGCUCCGGGAGGUUUUCGCGCGAGGAUGCAAAACUAGUACGUUCGAAAACUUACGGUUAGAAUAGAAGAAACAGUUGACGCACCGUAUCAAAAAUCUUCGGAUUUUAUUUUCUAGGUGCACGUCAUGGUGCAAAGCAGGAUAUUCGCGCGAAAUCGCGCGCUAGGAUACGUGAGCAACGAUAUACCUCUCGUCACCAGGUAUAUCAUCAGAAGAAAAGAACACUUUAUUGUCACCUGCGUGGGUAAGGCGUUUCACACUUACGGAUGUAAACACUUCACGCUGCUGAGCGUGUCGGGCGCGCAUCCCGACGACAUCACCUGCAUGACCACGAACACGUUCCACGUGUACACGGCCAGCGCGAACAAGAUCUUCGCGUGGCGUAGAGGCACGGAAUUGAAACACACUUACGAGGGCCACGACUGCAAGAUUCACAUCUUGUUUCCGUUCGGCGCUCAUCUGCUGUCCGUUGACGAGAACAGCACCUUGAAGGUGUGGAACAUCAAGGACGAGACGCUUCUGUUGGAGCUGAAUUUCAGCAACAAUGUCUUCGAGAUAACCACUCUGAUGCAUCCCAACACCUACAUGAACAAGAUUUUAUUCGGUAGCAAACAGGGUCAGUUACAGUUGUGGAACAUCAAGCUGAUGAAGAUGAUUUACACGUUCAAGGGUUGGCAGAGCCGAGUAACGGCCCUUGAGCAAGCACCCGCAAUAGACGUGGCCGCUGUAGGUUUGGAAGAUGGAAGAAUUAUUUUGCACAAUCUCAAGUACGAUGAGACCAUAUUCGAACUGGUACAGGACUGGGGUUCGGUGAUGUCUAUCAGCUUUCGUACGGAUGGCGAACCCAUUAUGGCGACGGGCAGUCCAAAUGGUCAAAUUGUUUUCUGGAACUUGGAGAAACGCAUGGUGGAAAGCCAAUUGUGCACAGCGCACAGCGACGCUGUCACAGGUCUCAAGUACAUACCUAACGAACCGCUGUUGGUUUCAUCCUCGCCCGAUAACUCUCUGAAAUUGUGGAUUUUUGAUCUGACUGACGGAGGAGGUAGAUUAUUAAAGAUCAGAGAGGGUCAUGCCAAACCUCCGACGAUCGUUCGGUUUUACGGAAACGAUGGCAAUUACUUGUUGACCACCGGCGGUGAUUCUGCUCUCCGAAUGUUUUCCACAGUCACGGAAAUACUCAACAGAAGCCUGGGUAAAGCGUCGUUCAACAGAAAAGCGUCAAAGAAAAAGGGUCACAUGGUCAACGAUACGUUGACAAUACCGCCGAUAACUCAACUUGCGUUCGAAGUAACGCGGGAGAAGGAGUGGUGCAACAUAGCGGCCACUCAUUGCGAAAAAGCUGUGAUCACAACGUGGUCUUCGCAUCUGCAGAAAAUGGGCGAUCUCAAGUUGCUUCCCGAUAGAUUUAAAGGCAAUGCCAGUGUCAUCGCGACCAGUCUGUGCUUAACGAGAUGCGGAAACUUCGUCGUGAUCGGCUACAACACAGGUCACGUUGACAGGUUUAACAUUCAGUCUGGGAUCCACAGAGCAUCCUACGGCGAUGAGAGCGGCGCUCACGAGGGUCCCGUCAAAGGAGUCAUGGUCGACGAUCUGAAUCAGAUUCUCAUCACUGCCGGCAGAGACGCGAAGGUCAAAUUUUGGGAUUUCAAGCCUAGAACAAGUGGAACAACGCCGAGAACGGUAUUAACGCUAGAAGAAUCAAUCGAAUGGAUACGAUAUCACAACGAGAGUUCUCUCGUGGCUAUAGCGUUGGAAAAUUUCGAUAUCGUGUUAAUGGACACGGACACGAGAAAGAUAGUUCGACACUUUCAAGGACACGAGGGACGGGUAAUGGACGCGUGUUUCAAUCCUGACUCUAGGUGGUUGAUCACAGCAUCUAUGGACUGCACAAUCCGCACCUGGGACAUACCGUCUUCGAACAUGAUAGAUAUCUUUCAGGUUCCUGAACCCUGUACGUCUUUAAGUUUCUCUCCGACGGGCGAAUUUCUCGCGACCGCGCAUGUAAACAACGUAGGAAUCUUUUUGUGGUCGAAUCGUAUGUUGUACACGCACGUGUCGCUGAAAGCUGUCAGUAAGACAAAUGCAAUACCUGAGAUGGAACUUCCGGGAUCUUCCACAGUCGAGACGAAUGAUGAUGACACUUACAUCUACGAGGACUACGAGCCUUCUUACGUUUCUCCCGAUCAGCUUGAUAGCAAUCUCAUAACCAUGUCCGCCGUGGCCCAAUCGAGGUGGCAGAAUCUGCUCGACAUCGAUAUCGUAAAGAAGAGAAACAGACCGAGACAACCGCCCAAGGCUCCCGAGAGCGCGCCUUUCUUCCUGCCGACGAUUCCAUCGUUGCAACUACGUUUUGAUUUUUCCGACGUCAAAACCGCCGAGAACACCGAAGCGCCCCGUGUUCACUCUACUUUGCAAAAUCUCACCUCGUUUGGCAAAAGUUUGCAAUCCACCGAGACGACUGACAAUUUUACGAACGUAAUAGAGAAAUUGAAGGCGAUGGGUCCCAGCGGCAUCGAUUUUGAGAUACAAUCGUUGUCUCAGGACGAGAAUUCCUCUGAAUUAUUGCUAUUACAGUUUAUGAAAAUGCUUCAUUUUAUGAUGGAACAACAGACGGAUUUCGAGUUAUCGCAGGCGUAUUUGGCGGUUUAUUUGAAGUGGCACGGACAAAUAAUAUCGGAAAACAGAACGCUGAGAAACAGUUUGCGGAAUCUUCAGGAAGCGCAAAUGCGAAAUUGGAUCAAGCUGCGGGAGAAAUUGUUUUAUAACUUAAGUGUUGUACAAAGCUUAAAAAGAAUGUAACAUGUAUAAAAUUUUAUGCUCG